GGGUAAUGUAGUGCAGGGUGCGGAUUAUGCACCCUGUGUAAGUGUGUGUAACACUGUUGUGCUGCUGGUUGUCUCUUCUCCUUCAGCGUUUCAGUGAUUUCAGUGGUCGAGUCUGCUCGCCUGUCGGUUAUGCGGUGAAUAAUAGAAAGGAGAGGGAGCACACUCGCAUACUUACGUUAAGCUUGACGUCAACUUUAAUAGACCUCAGUGGACACAUGGCUUUUUGUGAGCACGCCAAAAAGCACGCGUUAAGAUCCACUCCACUGUUAUGGAAAUCAGCUUCGGGAACAGCAGAACUCUCUUAGCUUUUCCUUCUGUUUCCUUCAAGCAUACGCGCGUGCCUUCCCCCAUGUUGGCGGACAAACGUACUUAAACUGGAUAUAUUACAUUUACACUUUAUAUACUGUUCAGACGCCACGGACCCUUGAAUAAAGGGUCCAACUGAAACUUUAUAAAGAUGUAUCGUGCUUUUUGGGAUACGAUAUUCAUCCUAAUUGGCUCUUUGUUUACAUAUGGACAGGUGCAAGAAAAUUCUACCUCAACAACAGCUACAGCAACUACAACCCCAACCACCACCACCACUCCAGCAACUACUAUCAGCUCCACAACUGCAACAAGUACUACUAAAGUUGUCAGAAAGUUUAUAGCAGCAGCAGUCCACUCGCACUUCGCUGACUGCCCUGACUCUCACAGUCAGUUCUGCUUCCAUGGCACAUGCCGCUUCCUCAUCGUGGAGGAAACGCCUGCGUGUGUGUGCCACCCAGGCUUCAUGGGGAUGCGCUGUGAACAUGCAGACCUCCUGGCUGUGGUGGCUACCAACCACAGGCAUCAGACAGUGGCGACCAUGUUGGUGCUGUGCAUAGUGGGUAGUGUCCUGCUCAUGCUGCUUUGCACUCUAUUAAACAGUUGUUGGUGGAGGCGAAGAGGGUGUAGGCAAGGUCAUGGCCUUUGCUGUUGGUCAGAGAAACCAAAUAGCAUUAUAAAGGGUGGGACGUCCUGCUGCCACUCAGAGACAGUGGUUUGAUACGUGUCCUCAGUUUUACUCUUGGUGUGGCUGUUCUCUCCAUUUUGUCACCUGAGACCCCCGUCCCUGGACUAUUAUACCUGGAGUAAACCUCAUCUCGGCUCCUCAAGUUACAGACUCGCACAGCCGGUCAGAGACGAAUCCAUAGGAAAAAUCAAACCAGCAGAUGUGAAUUUCAGAAUGUUGGUACUCAGCAGGACUGAACCGUUCCAUCCAGUUUUUCCUUCUUGCGGAUCGUAAAACUAAAAAGACGGAAGAUGUUUUCUUGAAAUUUGAAACAUGGAAUACGAUACCUUGGACUCCGUUUUUGUACUGGUCUUAUGGUCCAGAUGGAGGUGGAUAAAACAAAUCAGAGUGAAGAUUCAGAGUCAGGCUCUUGUGGGAAAAGGCCCUAGUGGAGGAGAAAUGGACCAGUGCCAAAGGGCUCGCACGAUGGAUGUAAACAGUAAAAUGGAAAUCAUAAGCUUUCGUGAAAAUAUUCCUAAAAAUACAUGAGUUCAAUUAUUUAUGGUGCUUGAACAUUCUCCCAAGAUACCUAGAAUGGCGUUCUUUCAGACAAAUCAGUUGAUUCUGUCUUUUAAAUCACAACUAAGAAUGGAAAAAAAACCCGUCAGCACAAUGUUUAUGGGUGGUACAUAUAAAAAAAGAAAGUUUUAAAUUUAAUUUUUAUUUAUGUCACAUAUAAUGCCACUGCUUGAGAAUUGGGAGAAAAAUUUGGAACAGUAUUCUUAGCUGAACAGAAUAAAUGUGCAAGAUUGUAAGAAUAUUUAGAUCAACAUAGUGUGCAUAUAUAUAUAUAUUUAUAUAAUAUGAAGACUACAAUGCACAUUCCUUUAAAUCAUUGCCAAGUAUUUUUACCUGAUAUGCUUCUGUGUUAUAUAAUAAUUAUAUGAAAUAAUGAUAAGUUAGGAGAAAAUGACAGGCUUUUGAGGAAGGACUUAAUAUACUAAUACAUACCCAAGUCUUGGAAUCCAUAUGUAUUUUAUGUUUUCUUAUAUGGGUUUUUUGCACUUCAGGUAUUAUUCUGAUUCCAUUUUAUGACUUAAGUAUACACACAGGUCCAUGCACUUCAUUAAGUCUUCUGACAGUACAGACAGCAUUGUUACAAGGUUUUUGUCAACACUAUACAACUUCUAAAAUUAGAACCAACAACUGAAUUCAAGUUUUGUAUUACUCAAUAGGGCAACAGUAUUCAUAAAAGUUACGAUGCAGGAUUCAUGCUAGCAUUUGAAAAGUUGGGUGCUCAGUGUGUACGGUCACAUGCUUUCACACGAUUCACCGUGCACUGCUGCAAUGCAGUCAAGUGGCUGAUGGCCACUUUAAAAACUACACUCUUAACCUGCUGGCAUUAGGUAGUAAAAUUUAUGCAGAAAUGCAGUUUUCUAGAAAUUAAAUCUGUUAAAACCUUAUGGACGUGUCCAGGCCUUAAGGAGAGAGGAGAGGAGAGGUGAGAGUGAGGAGAGCCUGGUUUUGCUUUGAUUUAAUUCCUACGCAUAAUAUUUCAAAUCUGAAAGAGUGCAGAUUUUAUUGCAGUAAAUUUAUCACCUUUGUAGGAGAAGAUUGCACAAGUUCACUUGUUCACUACUACAUAUUUUAAGUCCACACGUGCAUGCUCGAACUCAACUAAGCACACACAUAAGAAGAGCUAUACUGUUCAUGAGGUUUAUUUAUUUCAGAUCUAUUACAAAGCUUUUAUACAUGGAUACACUAUUUUUAAACCUUGCUUAAAAUUGUUUGUGCUGUCUUAUUUAUCCUCAAGCCUUUUGUCAUUGCUUUGUAUGCAAACGUACAAUAAGUAACUGAAGUCGGGUUAGCACUGGGGAAAAGGAGAAACAAACACCUUUUUCUGAACCCAGAAGCCCCUGAGGUACUGCUUAAAAGGUUAAAUUAGAAACAUGAGUUGGUACUAGCAGUACUUAUGUCUAAUCACUGCAUGCAGUUUGGUGGGAAAUCAAUUGAAUAAGACAGCAUUGAUGGGAAAGAGACAGAGUUUGUGCUGGAACUGGGCACUAUGGACAAAAAAAGUUUAUACUAAUGCAGAGACAUCCUAAAAUUGCCUUCAUUGUGGAAGAGAGAGAAAAUCAAGCUAAAGGCUCUAAUUAACACUGAUAAUUUAUUUAUUUCAGUCUUUCAGACAGUGCUCCAUUACAAUGCAUACGUUAUAUUUACUCAUGUUAAAAUGCAGGAAAAUGAAUUAGACUGGAAAGAAAGUAGUUGUUCAAAUGAAGGCUCUGGUGGUGGGAUAUACGUUUACAUCUCUUAUAAGCCUGUGUUUUGUUUUGUGUUUGUUUUGUUUUUUUUGGGUGAGAUGUCAGAUAUUCUGUGUUAUUCCCUGGAACAUAUUUGAGCAGGACAAGCAUUAAGUUUGAUCAUUUUAUUGCAAAAAAAUGGUCACAAAAUAAAUCACCUUCAUUUUAGGGAUGGAAGGCAGUUUAUCAAAUUUUAAGUAUGAUCCAAAAUGUCACAUUCCUGAAAGAACUUUCAAUCAUGCAGUCAUGCUCAUAGACUGUCCACAGUCUUGUACCAUAUGUUCAUGAAGGUUUUUCUCCUCUUGCUCUGCUCUAGCUUGUGAAACGUAUAGGUAUGCCGUGCUAUCAACUAGUUUGUCAAUAUUAAGCAUGUUUGUCUGUCUGCACCUAUUUUACUGUAUCUGCACACUACUGUGCUGUGUAUCAACAUGUAAUUCUAUUAUAUACAUACCAGAGAAAACAGGCAUUGUGAAUAGGGCUGAACGAAUGGGGAAUAAUUUUUUUUUUAUUUAACUGCAUUUAUUGUCUAUAAUUGGGCUCCAGGCUUUAUUUUUUGCCAAAAAGACCAGGUCAUCCGUUUUUUGAGACGUGAGGCAUGAACGCUGAAUGUAGUGCCAGACUGUUUAUGGACUUGAUAUUAUUAUUAUUUGUUAAGACAACUUUGAAUAAUGUAGGAUGGAGGUAAAAUUGCAGCCCUCGUGGUUUGAAAAUUGUACUCUUUAAUUUUUUGAUUUAAAAUUAUUAAUCGUUCAGCCCUAAUUGUUAAUAGUGUACAGCAGUAUCACUCUGAGUGUGACUGGAGAAAUGAAAUGUGCUUGUGAUCUUCACUGGUUGCAUGAUCAUCAGAGGUAAAUUAAUCCAGCUGAAUUACUUGUUCUGUGAUCAGCUGCAUCAUGCAUCUGUCUUCCUGACCACU